AUGCUCAGAACGGCCCCGGCAAAAGCAGCCAAGCAAUCGCGCGCUUUGCUCUCUCAAAACGGACCAAAACGACCCAAAGCAGCCUCAGCAUCGGCGCAGAAGACAGGACAGCAAGAUAAUGAACAUUACCGGCAACAGCAGCAUCCUGGCACGGAACCUGGCAUACUAAUCGACAAGAAACCUACACGAGCGCGAUCAUUUUUGUUGGACCCUCCAAAGAAACCAGCGUCCAAAAGGUUAUCGUCUUCAAGCGCGUUACCCUCAGGAGCUAGUUCAUUUGAGCGCAGAUUAGCAGGUAACCCGUACGCGUCCAUCUUGGCAACUCCUAUACGGCAAUGUUUAUACACGAGAAAGAUCCUACCAAGUGCGUUCCUGACGAAGCUGAUCCAGGCUGCACCAGAUUCCCCUGGAGACCGCGUCUGGAUCGUUCCUGAGCAGAUCAUACCUUAUGAACUGUCCAAGGAGACCAAUUCAGGGCAGGCUCUUGAUCGCUUUGGAAUGGGCAAGUGGAUGUUUUCAGGAUCGAAUCUUGUGCAGAGUAUGGUGAAAGAAGGAAAAUACAAGAUGAUCAAUUCUUCGGCAUACGUGAGACCGGACUUGGCGCAACUGAUUUACGCUCAAUGGACGAUGCGCGUUGUUCAUAAUACGCUGGACAUGUGCAAAAGAGCAACCGGGAAUCCACCUUUUGUUAUCCUCACCAAAGAGCCGUCUGCAAUUGCAACUACGCCGGACGCGAAACCAGAGGUCUUACAACGUUUGACAGAUGAGACCCAUCAUAAUGCCUACUUGCAGUGUGUGUUGCGAUUUGAAAGUGACACGGACGUUGCAACUAGCUUCGGAAACAGUGAACCCCAAGAACCGAGUGUCGACCUCAUACCGAAUCUGCCCAGCUUUUCAGAUAGAUCGCUCGUUCAGGAAGAUGUCAAAAUUCUGAGAAAGGGCGGAAAGACGACAGUGGUACCAAUGUAUAACAUGAAAUACCUUCUUGGAAACCAUCCGCAGGGUUUGAGGGCCGUUCAUCAAGCGUUCCUUAAACGGAUACCAGCUGCCGAAGGUUCGGCAGAGGAUUCUAAUCAACGGUGGAUCGGACUUGUCGAAUCGCCACAGACGGUUGAUACCGCAGUUGGGCUUUGGAAACUGGCCUCCAUGAUGCCGAGGCAAAGUAAAUAA